GAUUGCUGUGAGUGAGUGAGUGUGUGUGUGUUUGUGUGUGUGAGCUCAGCUCGGUGCAGCAGCAGCAGCAGAAGAAGAAGAAGAAGAAGAAGAAGGGAGGGGUGCACAGUCUGCACACAGACGUUUCUGGAUCAACCGAGAAGCUUCAAACAUCUUGAGCGAUGGCGGAGGCCCAUCAGGCGGUGGCGUUCCAGUUCACCAUAACUCCAGAGGGGAUCGACCUGCAGCUGUCCUAUCAGGCCCUGAACCAGAUCUACCUGUCCGGAGUCCGAUCCUGGAAGAAGCGAGUCAGCCGCAUGAGGAACAGCGUGAUUAAAGGAGUGUACCCAGCCAGCCCUUCCUCCUGGCUCUUUGUCGUCAUAGCGAUCCUGGCCACCAUGUACAUGCGCUCGGAUCCCAGCAUGGGGCUCAUCACCAAGAUACAGCAGCACCUGCCACUAAGCCUCCAGGGUCCGCUCAGCGCCCAGGGUCAGACCAUGCUGUCAGCGCUGGUCUUCAGCACUCUGCUGUGGCUCUCGCUCAUCCUCGCUCUGCGCUUCUGCCUCAAACUGCUCCUUUCUUACCACCAGUGGAUGUUCGAGCAGCACGGCCGCAUCUCCAACACCACGAAAGUCUGGGUGAGUCUGGUGAGGUUAUUAUCCAGCAGGAAGCCUCUCCUGUACAGCUAUCAGACGUCUCUGCCUCACCUGCCUGUUCCCGCCAUCAAGGACACGCUGAGCAGGUACCUGCUGUCGGUGCGCCCCCUGCUGAAGGAUCCAGACUUUAAACGAAUGACUGAACUGGCCAAUCAGUUUGAGUCGAACCUGGGAAACCGGCUGCAGCGCUACCUGAAGCUCAAAGCUCUGUGGGCCACCAACUACGUGAGCGACUGGUGGGAGGAGUACAUCUACCUGAGGAGCCGAGGUCCCAUCAUGGUCAACAGUAACUACUACGGCAUGGACUUCCUGUAUGUGACUCCAACUCCAGUGCAGGCUGCCAGAGCAGGAAACACCAUCACCGCUCUGCUGCUGUACCGCCGCAAGGUCAACCGGGAGGAACUGAAACCGAGUCGUGUCCCAGGCACCGUCAUCCCUCUGUGUGCCGCUCAGUGUGAGAGGAUGUUCAACACAACACGCACACCAGGAGCUGAGACAGAUGUGCUCCAGCACUGGCAGGACAGUGAGUUUGUGGCGGUGUAUCACAAAGGUCGUUAUUUCCGCCUGUGGGUGUACCGGGCCGGCCGCCUGCUGUCUCCCAGAGAGAUCGAGCACCAGAUCCAGAAGAUCCUGGACGACCCUUCACCCCCGCAGCCCGGGGAGGAGAAACUGGGAGCUCUGACUGCUGGAGACAGGGUUCCCUGGUCCCAGAUGAGGAAGCAGUACUUCAGCUCUGGCAUCAACAAGCGAUCGCUGGAUGCCAUCGAGAGGGCGGCGUUCUUCGUAACCCUAGAUGAUGAAGAGCAGGGCAUGAAGGGAGACGACCCAGCGGGGAACCUGGACCGCUAUGCCAAGUCUCUGCUCCACGGGAAAUGUUAUGACAGGUGGUACGAUAAAUCCUUCUCCAUUGUCAUCUACAAGAAUGGGAAGAGUGGACUGAACGCCGAGCACUCCUGGGCCGAUGCACCGACCGUGGCUCACCUUUGGGAGUUCACUCUGGCCACAGACGCCUUCCAGCUGGGCUACACUGAGGACGGACACUGUAAAGGCGACGUGGACCGCUCACUGCCCCACCCACAGAGACUGGCCUGGGACAUUCCCACGGAGGUUCAGGCUCAGGUGAGCAGCUCUCUGGCUGUUGCUCAGGCGCUGGCGGACGACGUGGACUGUCACGUGUUUCCCUUCAGAGACUUUGGAAAAGGACGGAUCAAGAAGCUGCGCAUCAGCCCCGACGCUUUCAUACAGAUCGGCUUACAGCUGGCGUACUACAGGGAUCGUGGUGGUUUCUGUCUGACUUACGAGGCGUCGAUGACGCGUCUGUUCAGGGAGGGCCGGACUGAGACUGUGAGAUCCUGCUCCAACGAGAGCUGUGCCUUCGUCAAAGCUCUGGAGAACAAAGAGGCAGAGGACCAGUGCAGGCGUCUCUUCCGACUGGCUUCAGAGAGACACCAGAACCUUUAUCGCAUGGCCAUGACCGGAGCCGGCAUCGACCGACACCUCUUCUGUCUGUACGUGGUGUCCAAAUACCUGGGAGUGGACUCGCCCUUCCUCAAAGAGGUUUUGUCGGAGCCGUGGCGUCUCUCCACCAGUCAGACCCCGAUUCAGCAGAUAGAGCUGUUUGACCUGAAGAACCACCCUGACUUCAUAUCGCUGGGCGGAGGCUUUGGACCGGUGGCGGAUGAUGGCUACGGGGUUUCAUACAUCAUCGUAGGCGAGGACAUGAUCAACUUCCACGUGUCGUCCAAACACUCCUGCAGUGAGACUGACUCCCACAGGUUCGGAGCUGAGAUCAGUAAAGCUCUCCAAGACAUCAUGACUCUGCUGUCCGCUGACACCAAAACCUCCUUGACCUCUAAAGGCAGCGCUCAGCCUCAGACCAAGAAGCUCCUCUGAGCGAGAUAGAUGCAGCUCAACUGGUGGACGAACAUUAUCCUUGAUGUAGAGACCAUUAAGAACCCAUUAACUAAAACCACAGCCCAUUAUGUGACCAACUAAAAGCAUGAAUUGAAACAGAAAGUGAAGCUCUCCAACCAUUUUAAUACACAACAAUGAAAUAAAAAACAUUGUCAUGAUUUACUUUGAUCCAUUAAAAACAUAGAGUUCAAAGCCGUCUCCGUGAAAACAGGAACUAACAGUAUAUUUGACUAUAUUUCUGUCUGUCGGAGAAGUUUAAGCUGCACAACGUGAGAAUGCAAAAUGCUUCCCUGCUUUCUCUGAGAAUAUGAAGCCUGUGAAGGUCGAUUUUUAGUAAAGAGGGAAGGAAGUCUUUGAGCAAAGUAAGAGGCAGACAACGAGAGACAAAUCUGUCCAACAAUAGGAGGAAAGCAUUGAGGGACCCUGAAACCUCAAUUAAAGUGAAGGCGACAUGAGACGUAAAGGACUGUGGGAAGUGAUGCUGUGCAGAUCAGCCUCACUGACACUAAUCACACAGUUUAGUAUUCAUGUUGAAGGUCACUGCGAACAUUUGGGAAAGCUUGAGGGAAAAAUGGAGAUGAAGCAGAGAUCAAUCUUAAUGAAGGGAAAGAGUUACUGAGAGCAAAGUAGACACAUUUUUUAUUGUUGUUUAAUUGAAUGUAUCAAAUGGGACUAGAGUUACAUUACUUUUAAUUUGAUUUAAUGCCCCGUACAUUUAGGUUCAAUUUCAUUCAUUCAAGAAAUAGUUUGAAUUGAACUGAACUCAGAUUUACAGGAUUCAGAUACAUUAUCUGAUGACACAAAUUAUUUCUGCAGGAAUGAGUCCUAAAUCCCUGAAAUGAGUCAGCAUGUUUGCACCUCAGAGUCAAUGAGUUUCUGGUUAGAUGCCUGAAAUAAUGCAGUUUGCAUGUUCUCCCCGUGUCAGUGUGGGUUUCCUCCGGGUGCUCCGGUUUCCUCCCACAGUCCAAAGAUACGCAGGUUAAUUGGUGACUCUAAAUUGUCUGGCGACCUUUCCAGGGUGAAGUGCCACCCUUUGUAGCGACCUAGUUUGUCACUGCCGUUGUCAAGAUUUGCUGCCAUCACUGAUCAAUACCCGCUCACAUUCACAGGGCUAAUUGCUGUUUUUGUUGUUGUUUUGGUUUAUAUUUACUAUUACAUUAUGUAAAUAUUGCAGAUUCCAGCAGGCGGGACAAGUAAUAUUAGUACAUCCAAAAACCCUGCACGCAAUAGUCUCCCUUCCCCUCUCUCUGAGUCCCUCUCAAACACACAGACACCUUGGAGAGCGUUGCGGCACUCAGUCCUAAUUAGAGCUGGGCGAUUUGACUUAAAAACAACACCGCAAUAUUUUUAGGCUAUAUCACGAUACACAAUAUAUAUCGCGAUAUUUUGAAAUGUCUGUUAAAGGACUGUAACAUUCACACAGUACAGUGACAUUAAAGUUAACUAAAGUAAAGCCAGCCUCAGUGUCCGCCCUCUCAGGCUGUAUGUUUCCCACAGCUGCGUCUUCAAGUGCCCCUCCGGCCCUUGUUUUGUGUCUCUCUAGGUUGUCAUGACCCAGCAAGGGAGAUUGAAAGGUUUCCUGCCGACCCUUUGACUUAAGCAUCCUUAAAGGGGUGGUUUGGAUAUUUUCAAGUGGGGUUGUAUGAGGCCACUUACACAAAGGAAGGGUAUUAGCUGCAGUCUGUCGGUACACCCCCAAUUUGGAUGUACUGCUGUGGCGGGGGCAGCAGCAAAAUGUAUUUUAGGCAGCUAAAAAAAAUCAAUUUCAGUUUAAAUGCAUGCUAAAUUUAGAAUAGCCUGUUCAGACGGGGUUACUGAAACCGUUAGCUGUGCUCUCUUCAAAGCCACCAGACUCCACUGAGAAACACAGAAGCUGCUGGGCUACCGCUGCCUCAGUCAGUCAGUUUGUUUGAGUUAUUGUGUGACUUUGUUGAAUCCAAGCGAACAGGGGCCUUCAACAGGGGGUCUGUGAAACCUCGGGGGCCUCAGAGUUACUGUUUUUUCUUGUUUUAAUAAUGAAAAUAUGUCUAAAAAUGCACAUUAACACAAAUCCAACACAUUAUUAGCAAAGAUAAAUCGGCCUAUUUGGGGCUGGGUGCAGUUUAGUUUACAGUACAUCGCACUAAAUCCACUAUCACCAUAUGAAUCUGUCAACAAUUAUUAUUUUAAUAGCUUUAUUAUUGUAUGCACCAUGUUAAGGUAUGUUUACAUGUGGCACUUUGGGCCCAGUUAAAUAUGUAUGUCAAUUUUAUAUAUGUAGUUUGGGGGUCCCUGUUUUUAUCAAAGGAGUCUGGUGGCUUUUAAGAGAGCGUAGAUCACGGCUUCAGUUCCCUGUCGCAGUAGGCUGUGUGACGGCAGGUGAAGUGGUGAAAAUAUUCUAAAUAUAUUGUACAUUUAAACUGAUAUUGUUUUUUAGAAGUGGCUAAAUAGGUUUUGCUGCUGCCCCCAUUCACAACAGUACAUUACUCAGCCUCUGUGUCGGACUCCUGAUCAGUACUUCACACAACCCCACUACAAAAAAUCCAAACUAUCCCUUUAAGAUGACAAAGAAGAGCAGCAGGAAGUAAUCAACAUGAAAGGUCAAAGUUAGUGAUCGAGAUAUGGAUUUACAAAUGGUACAAAUACAGUCCACUUCGGUGCUCGAGGUACUUUCAGCCGGGGGAUGAGAUCAGCCCCCAUUUCCUCCUCACUGUCUGUACUCACAAUGACUCAUUUCUGGUUUUAAAGCUAUGGCAUUUAACAAACACAUUUGUGCCUGAAUUCAACUGUUCAUCCAGUAAAACAGUUUCAAUGCAAUUUUUGAAUCAAUGCAAUUGUUAAGGGAAACCUUGUAACAUUUAUUGUUUAAAGGGCAACUUUGGUAUUUUUCAACCUGGACCCCAUUUUGCCAUUUUCUUUGUGUCUGAGUGACUGAUCGGAACAUAGGUUUUGAGACUGGUGUGCUGCAGUGUAACCACUCUGUUCACAGCGUCAGUGUACGUCCACGAAAGUGUUUGUUUUGUCACUGACAGGCUCAGAUUGUUAUUCUGAGUAUCUGACAACAUUAUGAAAGGAUCCCUACAGAGAUAGAGAUUUUUGUUAGAGAGUAAGAUCCUUUUUGUUUAACCAGAAACAGCCCUGAAAUCACCAUCACCAAACCCACCAGACUCCAUUUAAAUAAACGGUAAUUGUAUCAACAUUAUACAGACUUCAUUCAGAGAAACUAAAUAAAACUCACAGAAACCAUCUUGGUUCAUCUUUUCACUGUUGCAACAAUCACCAACUCUGGUCUGGUUGAAUUAACCUUAAUUCACCCAGUUACAUGUGAAAACAUGCUGCCUCUAUAUGUGCUAAAAUUAGUCUUUUUUUAAAUGGAGUCUGGUUGGUUUGGUGAUAGAGAUUUCCUAGCUGUCUCUGGUGAAACAAAAAGGAUCUUACUCUCUUAAAAAAAACCUCCCUCUAAAAAUUGGUUUUAAAGAACUGUCGUUUCCAUCCGUCAGACACAAACACGUGGGAAAACAGGCUCCGGCUGGAAAAACAAAAGUUUCCCUUUGAUUUUAUUCUCUGUGUGUUUUAACAAGAAUAUACUACAGUUUGUCAGUUAGUUACUGUUUGCCUUCAGGACGUGUUCCCAUGUGCAGUGAUGUAGUGGUAACAAGUUGAGUAAAUGUGUAACAGAUAUUUUCACCACCAGAUGUUUUGUUGACUAAUCAGAACAGAAACUUUGGUUAAACAGUGUCUGGAAGCUUCCACUACAUCUCUGCUCAUGAUUCCUAACGACACUCUAACUUUAGAAAAUCUCCUUUUAGAGAUUGCUGGCUUAAUAUUUUAAUAGACCGCAGUGGCUUCUGUUUCUCUCUCAGGUUCAACAUUUGACAGCUCAUUUCCCAAACUGUUGACGGCCAGAGCAGCGACUCGUUUUCUAUGUCAGCCACAAGACACGCUUUGUAAAAGAUUAAGUAAAGACAGUUUGUACAGCUGCAGCAAUGUAAUGCCAACAACUGCUCUACCUCUGUUCUCCUUUUUCAUAUUAUCAAUCAUUUGUUAUUUUAACACAGGAGUUUGGUGUGUAAAGGCCUUUAUACUUUCGUUUAAAAAGUGUUUGUCGCAGUCGCAUGAAAACAUUUUAAAAUCAUUUUUAAUUCCAUACACACAUGAUGUUUCUGUAAAUAACACAGAGUCCCUUGCUGUCUCUUGAUAAGGGCUUCUUGUGACGUCGGUACCUUGAAAGGGAUAGUGCACCCAAAACUGAAAAUUCAGCCAUUAUCUACUCACCCAUAUGCCGAGGGAGGC